CGGUUUUGAGGGACUACUUCUGCAGUCUUUCUCGCUGAGAUGAGUAUUUGCUUUCUAAAUAGGCUUCUACUGGCCUUGGUAUUUGGUUUCUUCCCACUUACCGUGGCUCAAGUAUGCCUCCCGCCUUUGGGUGAGUACGGAUACUCCUACAAUGCGACCGACCAAUCUGUCCUGGACGCCAUCGCGAAAAAUUGCACAACGAUCAAUGGAAGCAUCGUGAUCGCGACAAGCUAUACCGGCUCCUUCAACCUACCCAACGUUCGCAACAUCACUGGACAGAUCGGCUAUGGAUGGGAGGGGACCCCCGCGGUACCUGCACCGUCGUCGAUCAGCCUUCCAGAUCUCGAGUACAUGGGGAGCGAUAUGUACCUCUUGGGUAUUUCGACUUUGACAAAUGUGUCCGCGCCGAAGUUGAGGACGGCCGGAUGGGCGCUAAGAAUGGACUAUGUGCAGAACGUUGAUUUGCGAUCAUUGGAAACCGUCAGAUAUGCGGAGAUCUUUGGCGAUGUUUCCAGUCUACGCUUAGACUCACUUCGGAAUGUCUCUGGAUACUUUUCUAUCUGCAAUAAGGAUAGAUGCGAGAAAAACCAGUCUUCAACCACGCCAUUAUAUAUCUCUCUUCCUUCGCUCCAAUCGGCGGGUAGCAUAGAAAUCGCUGGAAGUUUAUCGGGACUAGCAGUGCCGAACCUCACAACCAUCAAGGAAGAAGCUAGAUUUGCUGGCUUCCAGCGCGCCUCAUCCAAUGCAUCAGCUAUCAACAUCACUUUUCCUCGUCUCAAUAAUGCGCCUACAUACAUGAUUUUGGGAGGGAACAUCUCCAGUCUUUCCAUGCCGGAAAUGCGGAACAUGAGUGGAUAUUUUCGGGUUGAUGCUGGUGAUUCACUACCCAUUGACCUUCCUUUCGAAGAGGCGUCGUCUAUUGACUUGUACGGAGCGAUUUCAAGUGUGAAAUUUCCUAAGCUGAAAUCCCUUUCCAGCUUCAGCGUCCAUAGCAGCCUCUCCUUGGAUUGCCAAUCCGUGAAGGAUACCAUCACGAAGGCCAAAAAUGGCUCAAAAGGCUAUGUAGACUGCAGUUCGAAAAGGCACUCCAAGAAGUUAGGCACCGGGGCCAUUGCCGGUAUCGUGGUUGGUGUUGUGAUUGGUGUCGGACUUAUAGUUGUCCUCGGAGCGCUCUAUUACAUUAAGCGGCGAAAGAGACGAGAGGAAAAGCCAACAUCGAACACGGAACUCAAUGGCUUCAGUCCACCACGCUACGAAGAGCCGCAGGCAAUUCAAGUUCCUCCUCCGAAGUACUCUCCUCCCUUGGGAACGAGGUGAAUAGCAAUGCAUAUGUCUGGCUGUCAACGUCGGAUGUUAGCAUUACUCGGAUCACUUGAGACAGCAUUAUAUAUAGAUGACAACUGUCGAUUGGGUUUGAUCUGGGGACUGUUUCUACUUUAUUCUGGCCUAGAGCGCCCAGUAUGGCCUGCCAUAAUGGGGAUGCUCUUGAAAGCGGAUCUAUAGAUUUCUCAUUCAAUCUGUCUUAGCCACAAUGCUGAACGUAUUUUGUCGGAUCUGACAGCCAAAAGGAG